UUUGGUCUUAGCGCUUAGUGGAAUCAGGACCAGCAUCCAUCGUGUGGACAAGCCAUCAAUUACACAUGCAGCAUAUCAUGCAUCCUCUCCCAUUUCUCCUCUCCCUCUCGCCUAAACUUCAUCCACACUUCUCGUAUGCAUACUCUCCGACUUGUCCCACUAGUCAUUCUGUCUACCAUUCAGCCCAUAUCCAGCCCAUCUCCCUUGUUCGUUUGCUUACUCGCACUGUCGUGCCCUGUAGCUUGGAACGCCAAUCUAUCGGACUCGAAGCUUGAAGGCGGGUCAAUUCAUUCUACCUGGAUAUUUGAUUCGUGUCCUUCACGCUCUAUCUACAAGUUGUUAUUUUUUCAGACAAAAUCUUCAUGUCUCCUCCUUCCGCAUACCUGCAGGCAUUCACGUGUUCAUCAAACUCGACGCGAUGACACACUACUAGUAGAAUACCUUCUUCCACGUCGAUAAACUACGUCAUCGUGAUGUUACUACCCUUCUAUUCUUUGCUAUUUACGUAUGAAGAAUGUUCCAAUGUGCUUCUUACCCCAGGCCAGCCAAGCUGGAGUCAGAUUACUUAGG